UUGAAUCAUCCAGAAUGCGAAGCUUUUCGUUAAUAUGUUGCAUUUUUGCAACUGCUUUAGCAGCACCACAAUAUAAUUAUGGAAUUGGCUCAUCCGGUUCAUCAGGUGGAUUUUCAUCUGGAGGUGGUUUUUCAUCUGGCGGUGGUUUUUCAUCCGGCGGUUCAUUUGGUGGUUCAUCAGGUGGUUCAUUUGGUGGUUCAUCUGGUGGUUCAUUUGGUGGUUCAUCAGGUGGUUCAUUUGGUGGUUCUUUUGGUGGUGGAGAAGUAGGUAAUGCACAAGCUUUUAAUUCAUUUAAUCCUGCACCAGCAUUACCAUCUGCAAGUAGUGUUGCAGCAGCACAUAGAGCACGUCCACCAUCACAAAGACGUGUAUUACCACCAAUUGUAUCAAAACAUAUAUUCUAUCAUGCUGCUCCAGAAGAACCCGAUGAAGAAGUUUAUGAAGAUAACUCAUCACAACAAGAACGUAAACACUAUAAUGUUGUCUUUAUUAAAGCACCACAUCAAUCUGUUAAAACAAUUGCAACUCAAACCGCACAAGCUCUUAAUGAAGAAAAGACAGCUAUUUAUGUAUUAAGCAAGAAGAAUGAUGUCUCUGAAAUUCGUCAAGCUCUUGCCGAUUCACCACAUCAUCCAAAUAAACCCGAAGUAUUCUUCGUUAAAUACAAGACUCCAGAAGAAGGCGGAAGCAGUGGUGGAGGUGCUGGAUUUGGUGGAAGCAGUGGUUUCGGAGGUAGCUUUGGUGGUGGUUCUAUUGGUUCUGGUAGCGGUGGUGGUAUCAUUACUUCUGGACGUGGAGUUAUUAGUUCAGGAGGUUCUGGUCUUGUAGGUAUUGGAGGUGGUGGUAUUGGGGGUGGUGGUAUUGGAGGUGGUGGUAUUGGAGGUGGUGGUAUUGGUGUUUCGCAUUUAGGUGGUGGAAGUAAUGCUGGUGGCUCAUUUGAUAAUUCACAAUUAGGUAAUGUACAAGCAUUAAGUUCAUUUAAUCCUGCACCAGCACUUCCAUCAGCAAGUAGUGUUGCAGCAGCUCAUAGAGCAGCACCACACCAAAGACGUGUAUUACCAGCAACUGUAUCAAAACAUAUUUAUAUUCAUUCUGCUCCUGAUGAACCUGAAGAAGAAGUCUAUGAUGAUAAUUCAUCAGAACAACAACAUAAACAUUAUAAUGUUGUUUUCAUUAAAGCACCACAUCAAUCAGUUAAAUCAAUUGCAGCUCAAACUGCACAAGCUGUUAAUGAAGAAAAAACAGCAAUUUAUGUAUUGAGCAAAAAGAAUGAUGUUUCUGAAAUUCGUCAAGCUCUAUCCGAUUCACCACAUUCAGCUAAAGCUAAACCCGAGGUAUUCUUUAUUAAAUAUAGGACACCAGAAGAAGCUCAACAUGCUCAACAAACAAUUCAAGCACAAUAUGAUGCUCUUGGUGGUUCUACAAAUGUUUCUGAUGAAGGUUUCGCACCUAUAUCAUCGGUUGUUGGCGCCUUGGAUGGUGGAAAUGGUGGUGCUAUUGGCGGAAACGGUGGUAUUAUCAGUGGUGGUGGUGGUUCAAUUGGAGGAAACGGUGGUGCAAUUGGUGGAAAUGGCGGUUUUGCUGGCAAUGUUAGACUUGGAGGAUCAUUUUCUAGUGGUCACGGAAAUAUUAUUAGCGCUGGCGGUAGCGAUAACAUUAUCAGCUCUGGUAGCAGUGCAUCUGGUCAAGCUGCCUAUUUACCACCAAAUAGAGUAUAGUAAUUUAAAAAAUUUUAUAUAAGUUAACUUUUGUUCUUUAUAAGAUCAAAAAUGCUUUGGCACUCUAUUUAUUGCA